AUGUAUCUUUUAAUCGCAACGAUCGCCAAUGGGGUAUUAGGCAUCACCAUGAUUGUACUCGGUGCGAAGAAAAUGUGCCAAGCUCUCAUUCUCGACCCUUUUGUCUGUGAUCCCGCACAUGUCGUGAGGGCAUUUAUUAGCUUGGGGAUUAUCCUAGUAGGAAUGUCCAUCGUCGGGAUCGUGGGUUUGAUUACGUACAGCGAACCCUGGAUUCAGAUAUACGCUUGUUUGAUGUUGGCCCUGGCAGUGAUCCAAAUCAUAACCGGUGGUAUUAUAUUUCAUCGGAUGAAAGGCAUUCGUACCGCCCUCAAUAACGGACUCGAGGAAAAGUUCCAAGCCUACGCCCAGCACAAAAGCGAAAUAGACAAACUCCAAUCGACCUUUUUAUGCUGCGGCUUAUCGGACGGGGAAAAGUGGAACAAUACGGAUCUACCGUCGUCUUGUUGCGGCCGGGAAACAGGUAUUUGCUCACCAUCAUCGGCCUUCAAUUCCUCUUGUUCCGAUAAAGUGGGAAAUGUGGUCGAAGAAGGCUUUUAUUUCCGAUCUCUUCGUACUUUGUAUGAGAGUCAUCAUGCGGUUGAAGAAGAUGUCACAAGAAAGCCCAAGACGAUCAACCAGCAUCUCGAGAGAUCCUUCUUCCAUUCCAGAAAAAGUUAA